AAAAAACCGGAAAUGCGUCAUCACAUUAUCCUCGUUGGGUCCUUUUAGUGUUUUUUGUAGUGCGACAGACGUCCACAACUUUUUGAAUUUUAAGAAACUUUGUAAACAUUUGCUGAAUUUGUUAAUUAUUUUGUCCUCUCAAGCGAUGAUCAUAAGACGCUGUAUUUUUUUACUUCAUCUGUUAAUGGUGAUUAAUGAAGUGUCUCUGCAGGGAACAUUUGAGGGUGUUAUUGGAGGUUCUGUUGUUUUACCUUGCUCUUCUAAAAAAACUCAGCUUACAGUUAAAGGCAUCACUGUGCUUUGGAAACACCAUGGCAGACUCAAAGUGUAUGACAUUAUUAAGGGUAACGGCUCUGUAGAAGGACAGGAUCCGGCAUACAAGAACAGAGCUGAAACCUUCCCUGAGGGGUAUCUGAAUGGAAACUUCUCACUCAAACUCAACAACCUUCAACACAAUGAUACAGGAAAGUACCAGUGCCUCAUCACAGAGGAAUCAGUAAUUCAGACUGUGGAGCUACUCAUUGAAGUGCCUUUGCCGGCCCCGAUUGUGGGUGUUAUUGGAGGCUCUGCUGUUUUACCUUGUUCUGCUAGAAAACGUCUGCUUAAAACUGACGACAUUACAGUCAUUUGGAGACAUAAUAAGACCCUGAAUGUGUUGGACAUUAUUAACGGUAAAGUUUCAGUGGAAAAACAGGAUUCAUCAUACGAGAACAGAACUGAAACCUUACCUGAGGAGUAUCUGAAUGGAAACUUCUCACUCAAACUCAACAACCUUCACCGCAAUGAUAUGGGAAUCUACAAUUGCUACAUCACAAAUGAAUUAGUAAUUCAAAGUGUGAAACUAGAAAUUAACGAAGGAGCACAAUCAAGACCUGAGAAGAUUUUACUUUUAGUGCCUUUUCUUUCUGUUUCUGUUCUUCUCUGUAAGUAUUGACAGAAGUAAUUUUUAUGGUUCCUCAACAUAAUCUGCUGAGACCAUCACAACUUUUGAGAAAUAGCCAAAGACGUAUCCGUUAGUCCUAUAGGUAAACCUCCAUCUUAAACACUGCUUAAACUUGCACUGCAGCUUACAGUAACAAUUCAGUUAUUUUGUUUUUAGUUAAAGUGCCCCUAUUAUGGAUUUUUGAAAGUGACCUUUCAUGUAGUGUGUAACAUAGCUCUAAGUGAAUGAAAACAUCCUGCAAAGUUUUAAAUCUGAAAGUGCACCGUAUAUAAAGUUAUUGUCUCUCAAAAGUAAAAGUCCACUCGGAGUCAAUUAAACGAGUCGUUUGUAAAAUGAAUCCCAAGCCGUUUUGUUGUGACGUCACAACGAAACAUUAGCUUCUCGCCCGCUUAUUGCACGCACAGACGCCAGGGAAAAUUCAUUUUUUCAAUAAUACCACAGCAGUACAAUCUUUUGUUGUGUUCCUGUCAUAUUACUGACGAAUGCUUCUCAAACAGUUCGUUCAAAAUUCGUAGUUUUAUAUGUUAUGUUGUGUAACAUACACCCUUAGUCUGUAUGUCUCCUGCUAACCGACUAGCUCACGUUUCUGUAGUUCUGUUAUUUAGAUGUGGGUCCAAUAUUGUAUAAAAAUGUGUUGAUUAAUGCAGCUUGUCUGUCUUAUUACUUGGAGUAAUGAUCAAGGAUGGAGCACGACUUUUGUUUACAAAGUGUAAUGCAUUAUCAGCUAUUCACGUUUGUGCUUGGCUAGGCACGUGGGAAUUUACAACAUAACCGUGGGCCCGGUUCACUUACAUAACUGUAAAACAAACUGUUUUUUUCCCUCUGUGUUUUAUUAUUACAGUAGAGUGGAGCUCUAUUUGUAUGGUAAUAGGAUGUUAAGAUGCUAGUCCGCGCUAACUAGUUGAAGUAUUCUCUCUGUAAACAGUAAACACUAGGGAUGCACCAAUGUACCAGCCGCCGAUAUUUAUCGGCCGAUUUUUGCUCAAUUUACAACCAUCGGCAUAUCGGCUCAGACAGACAGACAUAUCUCAGCUAACAAUUUUUGGUUCCCAGAACGUUCUGGGAAUGUUCGUUUCUGGUUCCCAGAACAUAUAUCCUAACGUUCUCUGUUGGUUAGCCAGGAAAGUUUUCUUUACGUAAAUAGAACGUUCCCUGUUGGUUUGGAGAAUGUUCCCCUAACCUUCCCAGAACGUUCUUGUUUCAUAUAUAUUUUUGUUCUGUUGUAUUUAUGUAGGCCUGCUGAAUGUUAAAUGGAUCCAAUCCAUGUUCAUUAAAAAUUAUUUGAUGAUGCAGCAAUAAACCUGCCAGUAUAAUUUAAUGCAGGUGUUUUUGAACUUUGCUUAUUUAAAACAUAAUCAAAAUACUAUCUAUUUUGAUGGCAAAAUUUCAAAUAAUAGAGGAAGUGACAUAUCGGUAUCGGCCAAUAAUUGUUUGUUAAAAUUGGUAUCGGGCCCCAAAAUAUCAUAUUGUUGCAUCCCUAGUAAACACUCCAUGUAAUGUCAAACAAUGACAUAACGAAGUCUGUACACAUCUGGUCUAAAUGUUUAUCUUAUGUUAGAGGUUUUCAGCUUCGCUUGGCAUUCUGAUACAGUUCCCACAGGUGCACCUACAUAAAGUAUAACAGUGAUGCUGCUAUCACAUCUUAUAAAUAACACAAACUAAUGUAACACUUACCAAAUAGAAUAUGCUCCAGUUGUGAUUGCGAAUCAGUUUCUGGUUGAUCGACUACUUCAGACAUUUCAUUGUCGGACUCGGGCUUGAAUUGAUACAGUAAAAUCAAUGCUAUCAUUUCUGUCCAUACUUUGUAUACAAUGUCUUGCGAAUUGAUAUAGCUGUCAUUCAGUUAUGGCUAUGGGCCCGUGGUGCACGCAGUAGACCAAUCACAAAGGAUUGGGCCAUCUGACCAAUCAGAGCAGUGUAAGCUCACGGAAAGGAGGAGUUUAGAGAGACCGAUUCUUUGAACUGCUUCUAACGAAUCGUUUAUGAGGUGAAAUUCAUUGAGGUGAAAUUAAAUGUAUAUUAUGAGAAAAUGAAAGUGUUUUUUGACCUUGCAUGCACCUGUUGUAGGAGACUCCCAAAACAAUAUUAGGAACAUUUAAAAAGGCAUAAUAGGGGCACUUUAAUUUAUUAUUUUUUUUUUUAAUUAAAUGUUAUAUAUUUUAUUAAUUUUAUACUCAUUGUUUACUGUUAACUUUUUACCAACUUGCUAAAUUUUAUUUAUUUUAACUGUAUCAUUGAUCCUCAGCUAUAAAGAUGGAAAUGUUCAAUAGCUUUUUGAAUCCAAGUAUGUGAUUUUCAGAAAAACCUUUCCCUGUAUACAGUAUUAAUAAAAAGUGGGUAACACUUUAUUUUAGGGUCUUUUAACUAGUUGCUUAUUAGCAUGCAUAUUACUAGAAUAUUGGCUAUUUAUUAGUACAUUAUUAGCACAUAUUAAUGCCUUAUUCUGCAUGACCUAAUUCUACAUUCAUAAUCCUACCCAAUACCUAAACUUAACAACUACCUUACUAACUAUAAAUAAGCAGUAAAUUAAGAGUUUAUUGAGGGAAAAGUCGUAGUUAAUAGUUUAUAUGUGUUCCCUAUAGUGUUACCAAAAAGUGUUACAACUAGCCCCAAUCCUCAUUAGGCAGUCUGGUUAAAUUCCAUUUCAUUUGGUAAGUGAUUUUGGAAAUGACAGUGGAACAGAUAGGCUGUCAAGAUCUGAUUACUAUUUUAGCAUUUUUCAACCUUUUUACAGUCAGCUCAAGUUUAUCAGGGUUCUUUGAAAAAUCACACAGAGGUUGUAAGUCUCUAAUAUAUUAAUAAUUUACAGGACAAAAGUAGUUUAAAGUAGAAAAGGUAAUGUUUGAUUUGCAACCAGAUUAAUGGAUGUUAAAUGACAGAACUUGUAUCAUAUGAAUCAGCAGAUACUUUUACUGGAUAUACAACAUUUACUCCAAACUAUAACCUUAAUGUAAAAAAAAGAAAAAAAAAGUACCCACAAAAAUAAGACGACUGUGCUCGCACACACACUGUGUCUGUUUUAUUUAUUCUGGGCUCGUUUUAUUUAUUCAGGAUUUUUUUCCAUAUGUUUGUUUGCUGUUUUAAAAUAUUUUUUCCCCUUUUUAUGCCUAAAGUGAAAUGAUAUGGAGUCAAAGGAAAUGGUUGAUGUAGGUUGAUAAGCCAUUUAAAAAAAAAAAAAAAAUAAAUUAAACAUGUACAUUUAACAAAAUAAAUGUAUAUACAAUAUUCAAA